GUAAACAAUAAACAUGGCUGCUGCUUUGGACGAAAUAAAACGUCUUGAAUAUUUAUCUUUGGUUUCUAAAGUUUGCACGGAGCUGGAGAAUCAUCUGGGAAUAAGCGAGAAAGAUUUAGCUGAAUUUAUCAUCAAUUUGGCCGAAAAACACCCGACUUUUGAGACGUUUAAAGCAGCUCUCGGUGAAAAUGGAGCAGAAUUUACAGACACCCUCAUUGGUAAUUUACUCAGACUUAUUCAGACCAUGCGACCCCGACCAUCUACCAGUAAAG